CAUCCGGUGCAGUUGCCCUGGUUCUUGACGGUGUCGGUUCCGCUUGAGCGCUCGGAUGAUCCGUGCUCUGUGUUAACCAGUGAGGAGCCGGAGAGCAAGAGACGAGACACCGAUGGUUCCAGCUCGCAUCGCGUUGUCCCGGGCUAACUCAAGGAGCUCUACUAUCGGAGAAUGCAGAGGGUGAGGGAGAAAAUGAACGAUCAGAAUCAGUUUAAGAGGAGGCUGAGAGUGUGUGUGGCAACAUGCAACCGAGCAGACUACUCCAAGCUGGCCCCCAUCAUGUUUGGCAUCAAAUCACACUCUGAGGAGUUUGACCUGGAAGUCGUGGUGCUUGGUUCACAUCUCAUCGAUGACUAUGGGAACACUUUUCGCAUGAUCGAGCAGGAUGACUUUGACAUCGGCUCCAAGCUCCACACCAUCGUGAGAGGAGAGGAUGAGGCAGCCAUGGUGGAGAGCGUCGGGCUGGCACUGGUGAAACUCCCUGACGUCCUGCAGAGGCUGCGCCCUGACAUCCUGAUCAUCCAUGGUGACCGUUUCGAUGCACUUGCCCUGGCGACUGCUGCAGCACUGAUGAACAUUAGAAUACUUCACUUGGAGGGUGGAGAGGUUAGUGGUACGAUUGAUGACUCGAUCCGCCACGCUAUAAGUAAACUGGCUCAUUACCACGCCUGCUGCACACCCCGGGCGGAGCAGUACCUCAUCGCCAUGUGUGAGGACCACUCUCGCAUCUUGCUGGCUGGCUGCCCUUCCUAUGAUAAGCUGCUGUCAACUCAUCACAAAGACGACUACAUGGAUAUUAUCAAGAGCUGGCUGGGUGACAAGGUGCAGAGGCAUGAUUAUGUGGUGGCUUUGCAGCACCCAGUCACCACAGACAUCCAGCACUCCAUAAAGAUCUAUGGACUAAUGUUGGAUGCCCUCAUCUCCUUCAACAAGAAGACCCUCAUCCUCUUCCCUAACAUUGAUGCCGGCAGUAAGGAGAUGGUGCGUGUGAUGAGGAAAAAGGGCAUCGAGCAGCACCCUAACUUCCGAGCGGUGAAGCACAUUCCCUUUGAGCAGUUCAUCCAGCUGGUGUGCAACGCCGGCUGCAUGAUCGGAAACAGCAGCUGCGGCGUGCGAGAGGCAGGGGCCUUCGGCACCCCCGUCAUUAACCUGGGAACCAGGCAGACUGGCAGAGAGACAGGUGAAAAUGUUCUACAUGUCAGGGAUGCUGAUACUCACAAUAAGAUCUUCCACGCUCUGGAGCUGCAGUUUGGGAAAAGAUACCCCUGCUCUAAGAUUUAUGGCGAUGGCAACGCCGUGCCUCGUAUUCUCAAAUUCCUGCGCACCAUUGACCUGGACGAGCCCCUCCAGAAGACCUUCUGUUUCCCGCCGGUGAAAGACCCCAUCUCCCAAGACAUCGAUCACAUCCUGGAGACACAGAGCGCUCUUUCCGUUGACCUGGGAGGGACCAACCUCAGAGUGGCUAUCAUCUGCAUGCAGGGUAAGAUAGUCAAGAAGUACGCUCAGCCCAACCCAAAGACCUUUGAGGCCAGAAUGCGUCUCUUAUUAAAGAUGUGCUCUGAUGCCAUGCGGGACGCCGUGAGCCUCAACUGCAGAAUACUUGGUGUUGGCGUGUCCACAGGUGGACGUGUAAACCCACAAGAAGGUGUGGUCUUGCACUCCACAAAGCUGGUCCCGGAAUGGUCCUCUGUGAACCUGAGAACCCCCAUCUCUGAUGCCCUGCACCUCCCCGUCUGGGUCGACAACGACGGCAACUGCGCCGCGUUGGCCGAGAGGAAGUUCGGUCACGGCAAAGGAGUGGAGAACUUUGUGACCAUCAUCACAGGAACAGGUAUUGGAGGAGGAAUCAUCCAUAACAGUGAGCUGGUCCAUGGCAGCUCCUUCUGCGCCGCAGAGCUGGGUCACAUCAUGGUUUCCUUAGAGGGCCCAGAGUGUUCAUGUGGCAGCCGUGGAUGCAUUGAGGCCUACGCGUCGGGCCAGGCCCUGCAGAGAGAGGCCAAGAGGCUGCACGACGAGGACCUGCUGAAGGUGGAGGGGAUGGAUAUGAAACUUUCUGAGCCUAUCACCGCUGCCCACCUCAUCAGCGCAGCCAAACUGGGGAACUCAAAAGCCAACGCUGUCCUGAACAGGGCCUGCACAGCUCUCGGCGUGGGCAUUGUCAACAUCCUCCACGUAGUGAACCCGUCACUGGUGAUCCUGUCUGGCGUCUUGGCCUCUUACUACGAGAUUCCUGUGCAGCACAUCAUCACUGAGAGAGCCCUCAUCUCGGCCCAGGGCAUCAAAGUUGUCACAUCAGACUUGGAGGAACCUGCAUUACUUGGAGCUGCCAGUAUGGUGUUAGACUAUGCAACUAGAAGAACAUAUUGAAGGAAAUAGUCUUGAUUUGCUGAGGACCGAUACCAAAAACAGCAAAGCAAGACUGAAGGAAAGUAGUACCUGUUACGCCUAUAUAUAUCUAUGUUGAUAUAGAUAUAUAUAUAGGAUACAUUUUAUAGUGAAUGAAAAUGUAUCAUUGUUAAGGAAAAAUCUAAUAUUUUAUAUAUUCUUAUUUUGUAUGUCCUAAUUGUUCAUAACCUGGAUGAGUUGGUUGCUGUUUUACUUUUGUUUUCCACAAAAAUGCAUUUUGUCACGUCUGAGAGAAUCACGCCAUGACUAGGUCAAAUGUUACUUCAUGUGUGAGGUUGGUACACUGCAUGUUGGAAAAACUUAAAAGAAAAAGUGCCCACUUUACUUGUAAUGUGAUUUCUCACAGAGAGGUCUGCUAAGAAAUGGGAACGCUUGUUUCAGAUGUGACCAAAACUAUUGCUGAAACAUGCCCAUGUAUCAUCUGCUCUAUUCUCUCUACAAGCUUUUCUCACUUUUCAUCAAAUCCUGUAUGGAGUAAUUAUCUCUUUUUCAGAUUAAAGAGUUACUGUCCAGCUACUAUGUUACAUUUCCAUUUCCUGUCACUUUUUAAAUAAUUUAAAAAACAGAAGUGCUUUAAGAAUGUUAGAACAGUCAUUGGUCUAAGAUGUAACAAAUACAUGGUCAUUAUAAAAUCAGUAUAAAUGCUAUGCUGGUUCAUGUGAAUGAAAUGUUCAGGCAGCAAAUGUUUUAGCUUUACCGCUGCUACACUGAUAUCUGAGUGAGAAACAUUUGCCUGAAUCAGGUCAAUUUUCUUUUUGUUCUUUUACAUUGAAUAACCACAGACUUAUGAAGAUUUUAGCAGGUGUUCUUGAUGCCUCUCUGAGAUAUAUUGUAUCUCUGAUUAUAUGGUUUGCAUGUGCCAUUACAACCUGUAAUGUACAUGUCAUGCUUUGUGACAUUUUUAGGUACAUUUCUAUGUCAUUUAAUUGGGUUGUCCAGAUCUAAAUAAAUAUUUCAAUAUUGCUUAAGGUAA